UGCAAGUGUCUGUAGUAAAGAAGGGCAACUCUGCAGCUCAGAUGUGCAAAUACUUCUAAAGAAAGAGCGAAGUGAAGAUCCUCUUGGGAGAAAGACCCACCAAAACCACAUAAUAAACCAGUUGCAGGAACUUCUGUCCCAUAAUGAUAUCAGUCUGGCUGCUGCUGCUGCUCUCCCUGACUCUCUCCAGUGCCUGUGUCAAUCUGGGGCAGCCCAUUCCAGAGGCAAAUGAGAAUGGAGAGAGAAGCCACUUGGAUGACAUACUGCAAAGGGCUGAAAGCAUCAUCCUUCGGUCUAUCCUGAAGAAGGCAGAAGAGGAGGAAGAGACUAAUAAAGAACCAAGUGCUUCUCAGCCAGGCUGGUUUUCCAAACGACAACAUCCUGGGAAGAGAUUCCUAACUGACCUAGAGAAGAGGCAGCAUCCUGGGAAAAGGGAGGAAGACGACGACAGUGACUUGGAGUUGCAGAAGAGGCAGCAUCCUGGCAGGAGGUCACUGUGGGACCAGUACAUGGAUAUCCCUAGCACUCAACUGGCCUAUCUGCAUGAACUAUCCAAAAGGCAACAUCCAGGCAAGCGGUAUCUGAUUUAUACAAAGCGUCAGCACCCUGGCAAGAGGAGCUGGGAUGACGAGCUGGAUCUGAGAGACCAAGACAUGGAGAAACGCCAGCACCCUGGAAAAAGAUAUGUGGAUUCUGAAAGCACAGAUUAUGAUGCCCCCUGUGAUUUCCAGGAGUCCUUCAACUGUAGCAAAGGUAGCUUAUUGCUCGAGUUGCUAGAUAAUGUCAACAAGGGCAGAGUAGAAGAGAAGCGGCAGCACCCUGGGAGGAGGUUUGCCUGGGAAGGUGAGGCAGGGUCAGAUGAGUGAGAAUGGGCGAUAGCAUUGGGCAUCAUUUCCAUUUGAUUCAGAGAGUUCUGCCAGACCACUUAAAGUUCUAUUGAUUCCCCUCUGACUCCCUGCUGCUGACCUGCCUUAUGAGUAAAUCCUUAAAAAUAAAGUUAAAGUACUGAGGACUGACGUCCCAAUUCAGCAAGGUACUUAGGCAUGUGCAUGGUCCCACUGAAGUCAAUGGCACUAUUCACGCAUUUAAAGAAAUGGAUGUGCUUAAAUACCUUGUUGACUAUGGGGCAAUGGGCCUAAUGCGGACAAGUGCUGAGUGCCUUCAACUCCCACCAUCAUGGAAAUUGAGGGCGCUCAGUAUCUUGCAGGAUCAGGCUUAAAGAUGAUACCUUUAUAUGCAUCCAUCAACUGCAUCUCCUGAGGAUUAGAAUAGCUUGGUGUAUGCAUUCAGGAUACUAAAUGAUGAAGCAGAAUAAUUACAUGGCUCUUCUUAUGCAAGUGGGGAAAAAAUGAAUUUACAGAGAGGGAGAGGAAAAAACUGUAUGAAGUGAUUUCAAAAUGAAAUUUAACAGGGUUUUAUUUGAAAUGCUAAAUUAGUGACAAACGUACACUUAUGCACAUCAACCUGUUCUGAUAAUAAGCAUUAACUCCUGGAUAGAGAGACUAUGCAUGAAUGUAACAGACUGAAUGUUUAGCUUUACAUCUUGCCAUCAAACAAUUGACUCAAAAGCAAACUAUUUCAUCUAGGAAACUACAGAAUAAGGACAUUUAAUGCAUCAUGUAACAAUUCAACAAACUGAGAAGAGUGCUGUUGUGUGAACACAGUUGGGUCCUCUAAUCAGUACAUCGACAUUUCAGUCCCUUGGUUUAAUACCAAUGUAUUCUCUUUACUGGAUAGCAACAUUUUAAAUUGCAACAAGCAGGCAUUUUCUCCCUAGAAUCAUUUUUGUUCUUCUAAUUAAGUUUCUCCCGCCCCCACCUCCAAAAUGUCUUCACUUUGUGUGGUCUACAGAUUCUGCAAGUUAUUUAUUUGGCAUGAACAAUUCAAUAAAUAUCAAUAGUCAAUCCCAUUGUAACUUCGGGUGUCCUUUAUGGUUGUGCAAAUGCAAUUUGAUAAUGUGAAAAAUAUCAAGUCCUCCUGAGUUUACAUGUGUAUGAAAAAAUAUUUUUCUAGAAAAUAUCAUCUUGUGUCCUGGUGGUUGCUAUAUGUUUAUAUAUAAAACUAUUUUGC